CUAUCAGUUGAAGACUGUUCCAGAACAGUCAGUUUGUUAUAGCUAGGCUAGUUAGUGUUGUACCGGUCAAUGAAAUUACUGUACAUUUUUAGUACCCCCAACGACUUAGAAACCUCAAGCUACUGUGCUGAAGCUUUACGGUGGAGGCACAGUGGCUGAAAUGAGACUAUCUACUGCGAGCUGACUAGCUAGCUGUUAGUUAGGAGAUAACUAACGUUAGCUGCUAAACAAAAGACAAGCUGCCAGUCGGCUAACAAAAGCAGUUAUUUUGCCAAGCAAAAGCCAUUUGUGUAAAGACACCUACUAAAGUAGGAGUUCAAAUUACAAUAGAGCCUUUCUGUUCAUGUUGCAACGUGUUCUCUCAUUUCACUUCUACUCCCUGGCAAGCCUGGUUCAGCAGUGCCACAGCCUGCACCUGGUUUCUGGGCUGUACUAAAAUGAAAAAAAAUGAAUCACGCCUGGUCUCCUAGCUAAGUAAAUGACUGUCCUGGAACAGCAUUCAACAGAUGGCUUGCUAGCAAAUCAAUGAUUGUGAAAUACUUGCAGUUAGAUUUAGAUAAUUUGGGAGGGGGACACCGUGGAAAGUUACUGCUACGACCAUGUUCGGCAGCAUCUGGGGAUACUUCUACACGUCCUUCCUUAGAUACUGGCUGAAGUGGUUCAUCAGACAGGUGACAGGGAAAUGCGAGCUGCAAAGGAUUUGUGCCGGCUACAAGCCUGGGGCGCCCAGGACAACGAAAGCAGAAUACUCACUGAAGAACUCCAAAUCUAAGCUAUUAAGAGCUGCUGUGGAUGUGGAGGAGGAUGGUUUGGAGAAGCAUCUGGAUCUUAUCAUGAGGGAAAAGAAUGUCAAAACGCAGAGGGAUCCCACGUUUAAGGUGAAUCUGAAGCUGUGUCUCUUACAAAUAACGGGAUACAGGAACUUAUUCACGUCCGUGGAAGAGUUGAGGAAGGAGAAUUUUGACUCUGAUAAAGUCCAACACGAGGAAAUGCUUUUGAAGUUAUGGGAUCUGUUGAUGCCCGAGGUCAAACUGGAGUCCAGAGUUACCAAACAGUGGGGCGACAUUGGUUUCCAAGGCGAUGACCCCAAGACUGACUUCCGAGGAAUGGGCAUGUUGGGCCUAACCAACCUUGUGUUCUUUAGUGAGAACUACACUGAAGAGGCUCGGCAAGUGCUGUCCCACGCAAACCAUCCCAAACUGGGGUACUCCUAUGCCAUAGUGGGUAUCAACCUGACAGAGAUGGCGUACAGUUUACUGAAGAGUGGUGCUCUCAAACCCCACUUCUACAACACGGUGUCUGGGAGACCCCAACUGCAGCACCUCCAUCAGCUGUUCUGUUACCUGGUGUACAAGUUUGAUAAGUUCUGGGUGGAGGAGGAGCCCGAGAGCAUCAUGGAGUUCAACCACUACAGGGAAAAGUUCCACGACAAUAUCAAGAUUCAACUACUGGACCCCGCCGUCGCCCUCACCAUGACGGAUAGUCCAAGAAGUAACUGACCGACCAACCGACUGAACGGGUCUCGCUUGGACCUAAUUGGGACCACCAGAACCUCGAUACAUUACAGCGUACUUCCAAAUCUAUAAGGGACAUUUUGAGCUAGCUUUCCCUUCGAUCUUAGUUUAGACCCAAUCUACACACCUCUUUUUAAAUUUUUUAUAAAUUAGUGACUUUAGUAGCUUUUAGAAAUAAGUAAGAACAGGUGACUGGAAUUCAACCCUCUGCCUCAAAUAAUGACCAUUCCAAUGCUUCAAAUAUUACAAAAGGGGAAAUAAAAUAGUAGGGCACUAGUUCUAUGUAGUUGAUUGGCUGUGUACUUUUCAGCGGACAUGGAAAGCAAUUACACAAUAGUUUUAGAGGAAAUGGAGAUUGGGGAAUAAUAUUAACUAGGUUUGAAUUUAUUUAACAAAGUCAACAAGUGCCGUCUCGCAUGUAUUCAUAAUAACUUUGCCUACUCAUUCUCGUAUUUGUCCUUCUUGCUCAGGAAUCAAAUAUGUGUCCAGAGAGGGAAUUUAUAUCGUAGUAGACUUAAAACGAAGGAAUAAUUUGUUUACCUAAUGCUCAAUGGUUGUACUACUUACUCCGACACGGAGAGCUCUGUGCAUGUUUUAAUGCGUUUGGAUUGAUACCGUCUUGUUGUCAAUACAUUUCAAUAGGUGGUGCUGAGAUUACUGGUUAUUACACCGCUGCCUAUUCCACACAUUCGUACAAUAUUGUCUUUGCUGAAAGCUGACUUUGUAUGGUAUUUUGUCUGUUAUUUAUAGGCCGUGGGCCCUGAUUUUGUUUUUUGAAGAUGAUUUGACAUUUUGUAGACCCAGUAUGGAUCUUUGUAACGACUGACACGUGCCCAGUGUUAAUAAAUGAAACUUCUGAUGUGA